AUAUUGACUUUGCAAUUCCAAUUUUAUCAUCAUCUUUUUAACUAUUUAAAUAUAAAAUUAUUUCAGCCAGCAACGUGCAGCCUUUGGAAGAUUACGAUGGACCAAGAGCUCCUUUGCUUCGUCAAGUGUCUUUGGAUGAAGAGCGUCGCGAUGACUGCCAGGGUCAUUGGAACCACUACUUGGAGGAAGAGGAGGAAAGAGGCGUUAGACUGUUCAGAGCACUGUUGCUUCAACACUUGAGACUCGAGGAACUGAGGCCGCCGCCUUGUAUAGUUGCACCAGCGAAACCUGAUCCGAGGGGAUGGUGGAUGUAUUGGCGUGAUUGGCGAGCUCUGGAACGGGCUGCUCGGAGGUUUAGGGAGUCGAAGGCCCGUGGGAGGCUGGCUGCCAGAGCUGAACAUAUAUCACUUUUAAGUCUAGAUGAGGUUGCUUUUGAAGAUAUCAUGCAAGAGCUGUGCCAGGCAUGUGCACACAUAGAGCAGCGAGCACUAGUUGUGUUAGCGUUCUUAUGCGAAGUGUGCGCUCGCGCAGUGCGCGUAGGCGGCUGGUGUCGAGCCACAGAUUGGGCAGCGAAUCAUGUUGCUAAGUUUGCUACGCCAUGGGCAAUACGGCAUGGAGGAUGGAGUGCUGUGGUAGAAAGAGCAUAUGGAUCCAGACGUGAAGACACACUAUUAGCCGGUGCAGCUUUCGCAGCAUUGGUGGCGUUCCUACUCUUCUGCCGCACACGUUUGCGACAUGCUCUGUUGUAA